UAUUUGAAUGAAAGAACUGUGAGGUAGACUGAAGGUUCUCGGUGGUAAUUGUGCAUAUUACAGCAACCAUGGAGUGUGAAAAAGAAAAAAGUGUUUUUCUGAUGGGUUUUUAUGCGAUUGGUUCAAAUCUGACCUUCGUUUUUGUCGGAAAUCACUCGUUUGUGAUUUAGCCCUCACCCCUCAUAAUAGUUCUAUCGAUUGCGAGUUCUGAAUUCCUGGUACUCUGUGCUUGCUAACUUAUACCAUAUAACCAAACUAAACCUUACCUAACAACCUAGCCAGGGGCUCUGCCCCCAGACCCCCGGUGAUCCCAAGUUGGGGGCUUCGCCCCCAGACCCCCAAAUGCUAGUAAUAACCCUAGAGUCGCGUUGUCAGCCUCCACGAGAAUAUAAAUAGCUGUUAGAGCAUUUCAUACCUUACUCCGAGUCAGGGACCAGAAUGCAUUGUGAGUUCCUCUGUUCUCUAAAGUUUCCUUAUUUUUAGAAUGAAAUAAUACGUUAAACUUCCAAUAAUCGAAAUCGCACCCAGCACAUUAUGGCUCCAUAUUGCAACUGAUUAAAAAUGUCCCGCAUCUUAGCACCCACGCCGAAUAUUGAACGCUUAUUGGUUGAAUCAUAAGUCAAUAUUUUUUAUUGGAUUUGAUUGGCUGCCGCCCCCGCCCAGAUUUGAUUGGCUGCGGCCACCCGCUGGCACAUGCGCAGGGGGUAAGCGAAUGUACGAACACACACAAUUUGAGCAACGCAGGAGCAACAGGUGCUCUGAUUUUAUUCUUUUUAAAAUUCAAUAACUUCCUUAUUAUCAAUUUGUGAUGGAAGUGUAAUACUGUAUAAGAACAUUAUCAUUGAACAAAUAGUUCUAUCUAUUGAGUGUAGUGAAUUUCCGGAAUUCAGUGGUUGCUGUUUACUGCAAUAUUACCUAAUCCUGUUAGCUGCUUGGGUAGUUGGUCAUGUCUAUAGGUAUUAUUAUUGUUUUGGUCUUGUAGUGAACUUUAGGAUGUUAAGUUUUGGAAUCAUUUAGUUUAGACAUUUCUAAGACUCGUUUCUUCAGUAGCAUUUCUUUCACAAACGAUUACUUUCCAAGAAAAUCGCAAUAAUUUGUUGGAAAAUAGUCGUAUUUUUUUCUAACUUCUUAUGUAUGUUACCACUGUCCAAGAGAGCUCCUUUGUGUUCGCUUGCUGGAUACUACAGGUACAACAACCAUGCCUAGGAAAAGAGGGUCUGAUUUGUCACGGCUAUCAAAAGCUGCAAAGAAAAUAAAGCAAAAACGUAAAGCAGCGUUGAAGGAAAAAAGAGAAAAGCAGUUAAUAGACAUAUAUAAAAAAAUGCAAGAGCUGCAACGGGAAGAAAGUGUUGUACAGAGUAAACAUGAUGCAAUGGCUGGUGUAAAGAAAUACAUGAAGAUAGGAGCUACAUGCAGAUGUAGAGAAAUUGCAAAAUUAUUUAAAGAUCGAAGAAAAAAUGAGCAAGUAAGAUGUCUUCCUGUGAUAAAGAGAGAAGCACCUGAAAACCUUCUUAAACACAGCCAACCAAUACAUAAUGAAGCAGAAGAUGGAGGAUACUCAAAUGUUGAUGAAGACCCACUGGUAGAUAAAGACCAGCUUCUAAACAACUUGAUAUCUUUUGUUGAAGUAAAACCUGAACCAUUGGAUGAUAUUAUCUGUGGUGACGCUGGGGACGUGCCCUCUCUGGACAAGGAUCACCUCUCCAUUAAUGAUAAUAACAGUGUCUCAUCUUGUAUGUGUAGUCUUUAUGAGUCAGUGGUUGGACACAAGAAGCAAAUCAGACGUACAGAGUCAACUGGAGAACGGAGGAGACGUCGUGGUCGGCAGCUAGAGAGACUGACUGAAGAACAGAGACAAGCCAAACAAAAGGAAGAUGCAAUAGCAAAAAGAAGUUACCGUAAGCGUAAGCUCCAAAAUAUGACUGAAGAGCAACAAAGAGCUCAUCAUGCUGCCGAAGCUGAAGCACAACGGUUGCGUCGUCAUCUCCGUAUGAAAAGAAUGACUGAAGAACAGCUUAAGGGACACCGUGCAGCACAGGCAGCGUCAAAAAGAAGGAAAUAUCAUUUACAGAAACAAACAAAAUCUGAAAAUGAACUACAAAUGCAUCAUACAGUUAAAGUUACUUUACAAAAAUAUCAUAAGCAAGCUAGUAUAAAAAAAAAUAUAAGCUCAUCCCGUAUAGUAGCAGCCAAGACAACAAAACAAUUCAGCUGUGCCAAAUGAAUGAUGGAAUUGAGGAAGAAAUAGGACAAUAUGUACCUGCAUCGGCUUCACCACAGGGAGAAUUACAGCAGUCUACAAAAGAAAAUACUGGACUAUCCAUGCUCAGCAACAUCCUGCAGCAGAAGACACCACACCUUAUAAUCUGAUGUUGCAGUUUAUGAUGCAAGCACAACAGUAUUCAGAAGCACUGAACCAUGUUGAAGGUGAAGACACAGUUAUAAAACAAGAGAUUAAAUAAUUCCAUUAAUUCUCAUCAAGAUGGAACAAAUAGUGAGGAACAUCAUAUGAAUGCUUAGUGUUGGGUCAGCCACAGGAGGAUAUAACUGAACAUGAGAACAAGGACACUGCCUCCUAACAUAACUGAACAUGAGAAUAAGGACACUGUCUCUUUGCAUACAGAACAGGAGAACAAGGACACUGUCUCCUAGCAUACAAAACAGGAGUACAAGGACACUGUCUCUUAACAUAACAGAACAUGAAAAUGACGUCACUAGUGUGUUUUAGCUCAUGUUACUGAUCAUCAACUAAACAAUUGGACAAAAUAUUCCAUUCCAGGUUGUCAUGAACCCUCAGACAUAUGAUUAGCUUCCACAUGAGAAGACAUUACUGUAUGUAUAUUCUCCACCAGUGGAUAUUUGACAGGCAAAAACUAAAACAGUAUGAGCCAAACAUUAGGUGUAGAAAGACCCUAAGAGUUAGUUGGCCAAGGAGACAGCUAAAGACCCUAUGAGUUACCGGGUAGUUGGCCAGGGAGACAGCUGUAUCCUUAGUAUUUGCGGUUUUGACAAGUGGGUCAUUAUCAAGUGACCUGUGAAGUCCAUAGCAAUAGAUAACCCCUUAAAUUUUUUUAAUGGCAGACUACAUUACCCAGAUGGACAGUGUCGGAUUGUGUUUUUGGUUGCAAGCGGCACAACUCGCCCACUUGAGUUAGACAUGCACAGUAUACAGUACAGUAUAUUAUAACACUGGACUUACAUUUUAUCCAGUUGUCAUCAGCAUGACCAAUGAGGAUUUAGGACAAAAGUGCAAAAUCUUGGAUAGUUUUUAUCAGUAUCCAAAAUGACUGUCUAACUUCAUAAUCAGAAUUUCAUAAAGGAGAAAUUUUAUAACCUAGACUUGACUAGAAUGACUCAUAAAUUUGCUCACCAAAGGCUUGGGGCUCAGGACCUAGGGACGCCAUAACCAAACAGCAGCUGAAGCAACCCUGACCCGAGAAGAAGCAGGAAAGAAACUAAACUCAUGUCAAAUCCAGCUUUAGCAGUUUUUGCCAAAUAGAACUUUGUUUCUUCGCCUUCAACUGUGUCCAGCUCCUAUUUAGAUUUUUCUUUAGUGGUAUGGAUUUCACAGAUCACUCAUUUUUCCCCUGUUAUAAAAAAUAUUAAAUUUUUUAGCAUAAAACUAUGACCGACUUAGUUUUCUCUCACUGAAAUGGUUACACACACACACACCUGAAUUAAUUAUGCCUCGGAGCAGCUUCAUUAUCCAGACUGAAAUUGGAUUUAAGUGUAAAGGGAACAUCAUAUUAAAGAGGUACUGUAUAAAUACCAUUUGGUGGAAGUACGGACCUGGUACAAGUCAUGAUUUGUCUGUGUCUUCAAUGUUUGACCCUGAUAAUGGAAGAUAGUGUGUAUUCUUUCCCAGCUACGAGAUAAUUGUGGGUAUUUAUUAUACUCGGGUACAGUACAAAAUAAUGGAGGAUACAGUAAUUGUUUUAAUUUUACUUAUCAUAUUUUCUGACCUCAUGUACGUGGAUGGUAAGGAAUGUUUGUUAAUAAGGCACUCAUAUGUGCACCAUCAGAAAUUUUGGUUCAGUUUGCAUUGAAUGUAUUCUGAAGGUUUCAUGUACUGUAUAGAGGAGUGUUUGGAACUUUGAUGUCUCCAUAGAUAGUCCGCCUGAAAGUAAAAUUAUGUAUUUAUGGACUAAUAAAACUAUUCUUCUAA